AUGCCCUACACUCUCUACGACGGAUCCAUUGUCCAGGCCAAGGGUGCCAUUGCCUCCUUGAUCCACCUCGUCGAACUGGCCGAGAAACAAUCCAAUGCCGACGCCAUCCUCACUGCUUCUCUCCACCCCACCAUGAAGCCCUUCACCUUCCAGAUUUUCGUUGUCCUCUGGCUCACCGAAAUGAUGCUGGCCAAAUUGACCGGUCGGGAGGCUGCGUCCGUCGAGAACAACAUUACCACAUACACUGAGGCCAAGGAGCGCCUUGAGGCAUUGCAAAAGUCCCUCUCUACAGCCGAUAAGGAUGUUGUCAACAGCAACGGUGACAAGUUGGGUCCCGUGAAGAUGGGUCCUACAGACCUUGGCGAGCACACUGCUGCUUACCACUGCACUUCUAUCCUUUUGCCCAAUAUUUACUUCCAUCUUACCACCGCCUAUGGCAUCAUGAGAAAGGAGGGAGUGCCGCUGGAGAAGGUGGACUAUCUCACUAGCUUCGUCAAAGCGCCGACUGCUUAG